GAAAUGUGUGCAAGGGAACUUAGCAACCAUAUUGAAAGAUGGGGAGAAAAAUCAUGGAUGUCAUCGCAGCAAAACAAGUUUUUAUGUAAAAACCGGCUAUACGGCGGUAAAUGUCGGCCUCGAUUUUGUUUUGUGAGUAAUAAUUUUUAUUGAAAACAAUGUGAUACACAGUGAUUUAUAUAAUGAACGUAAAGUUAUAUACUUCAAAUCAGUUAUCGAAACAUUCUAUGCGAAAAAGUUAUAUCAAUCAACUUUUUUACAAGGAUAAAAUAUAGAAGGAAAACUUUUUUCUUCUUAAAAUGCCAUGAAACAUUGUGCCGGUUAUUAUCAAGGAUCAGAUGGAAAUAACUGGCAGCAUAGUCUCCUAGUUCAUAUUAAAAUUCCUGAGAAAUCAGCUGAAAAGUUAAGAAUAACAGACUGGGUCUGUCUUUAAGUGAAGUGGUAAGAUGGUGAUGGCACGUUCGUGUGAUCGUCGUCUUCGAACCAUUUGCAUCGUAGUUCUGGUGACGUACGCUCUAUCGAAUUUUCUUUAUGUAACAUUCAACAGAGAGCCACCCUCCUUGCUUCUGUUAGCAAAUGCCACUUGGUGGAAAGCCAAUAUGCCGCCAUAUAACAUGUCUCUUCUGGCAGACGAUCUGAAGUUUCUUGUUGAUAAACCUGGCUUCAAGUUUUUGAUAAAUAACAAGCGAUGUGAAGGAUCGAAUUCCAUUUUCCUAGUUGUAUUCAUACAUUCAGCUCCAGCCAAUUUUAGAAAUCGACAGGUUAUAAGAGACACCUGGGGACGAGAAGAUAAUUUACCUCAAGACUUGAUUCGUGUAGUUUUUCUUCUGGGCUCAGUUACUGAUCCCUUCAUGCAGCGUAGAAUUAAUCAAGAGAACAAUCUAUAUCAUGACAUUGUGCAAGGGAACUUCUUCGAUAGCUAUCGUAACCUCACUUACAAGCACGUGAUGGGUCUGAAGUGGGUGACUCACUACUGCCGACAAGCUCGUUUUAUCUUCAAAGCGGACGACGACAUUUUUGUCGAUAUUUUCCAACUCACUAAUUUUCUCAAAGAAACCUUUGGACCAACAGGGGGAGUUGCCAACAUCAUGAUGUGCUACGUCUACCGUACUCCUCCCGUAAAACGUAGCCAACGCAGCAAAUGGCGUGUGAGCUUCAAAGAGUAUCCUGGUCGGUACUAUCCGUCUUAUUGUGCAGGGUGGGGCAUUAUUCUAAGUCCAGAUGUGGUAUUUAAGCUGUACCUCCAGUCUUCCAAAAUACCAUACUUUUGGGUGGAUGACGUACAUGUGACGGGCACUUUAGCUGAAUUGGUUGGAGUCUCCCACUUAGACUUUACUGAAAAACUAGAUGUAAAUAAUAUAGACAUUGAAAAAUGGAUUGAUAGUAAAGAUGUUAUGCGGCCUUACUUAUUUGGGACGCCUAAUUCAGACAUGGCAACUAUAUUGACGUUAUGGAAUAGGACAUUACAGUAUUACCAGAGGCCAGCAUUAUCUCAUAGAUAACACAUAUUUAGCUUCUUUUUUUUUUUAUCAUCAGGUCACUCAAUGAAUAUGCCAUCCACAAAUUUCUUCACUGAUUCAUUUUUUUGAAAAAGUCACUGCCAUUACUAAGUGGCAAUAUUAUAAUUAGUUUUAUAAUUAUAACAUUGCAUUUCAUAUUUUAAGUUUUCAUUUCAUGAGAAGAGUGCUUUAAGUUUCUUAAAUUCAUUUUGUUAAUGUUCUGUUCGAUGUGCUGUUGAGAUUUGUAUUUUUUAGCAUAGAUAAUCUUAACUUUCAAAAAUUGUGAUUUAUUACUUUUAAUAUAAAAUCUAAAAAGAUUUAAUCAAACUUUAUUUGAAUGUUCCAUUAAUUUAAAAUGAAUCCACUAGUUUUAUGGUAUAAAUUUUUAUUCUGCAUCAAUAACAAAACCUUAUAUUUUCCAAACUGUCAACACUUUUUUCUGGCACGUAAAACUAUGUCAAAUUUCAUAUGUAUAUUUUUUAAAUUAAUUGCCCGAAUUUUUAGUGUUACAGUAAAAGCUCUUGAAUCUCUAGCUAGUAAUUAGUUGCGCAAGUCGAGAAGUUAAAUUUUAAAGACAUGGACUUUAUUUAAAUACUAUCACAAAUCUAGCUUCUUUUUUUUUAAUCCAAUGGUUAGUGUUUAUCUUUAUAUAUUACCAAUCUAACAUCUUAUUCUUACAACUCGAAAGAAAAUUUGACUGUUUUAUUUAGACAGCUAUUAGCUGUUAAGCUGUUGGCAGCUUUUUUUUUGCGCUUAUUUUGCUUUUGUUGAGAUUGUAAAAUAAAAUUGUGUAAAAGUAAUUAUAAUAUCUGCAGUUACGCUCCAAAAUCAUAAGCUUAAAAGAUAAAUAACAAGAACAAUUUACAUUCUGAUUAUUAUUAAAAUUAUUUUUCUGUUUAAAUAGUUACCAGAAUUACCCAAAGCAAUUAUAUAACUAAACUUUUUCUAUAUAUAUAAUCUCCUAGUUUGGAAAUUUUAUCUGCAAACAUAAAAAUCUGAAAAUCAAAACACAAGUUUUCUCUUAUUAAAUUGACCCUACAAAUUAUGUUAUCUUUUAUUGUGGAAAGAGUGUCUGAAAUUGUCCUCUAAACAAUCUUAAAUUUAUGAGUGAUUAAACUUUUUUUUUGAAAAAAAAAA